AUGGCGGCCUCCACCCCGCUUUCUCACGCCAACAUGAAUGUUAUCAACAGCUCCCAGUCCAACAGCGAGACCGGCACGGCCACUGCUGCUCCAGUUCUCGACUAUGCAUGCCUUUUCUCACACGACCUGAAGCGAAAACAAAAACGAUGGCGGGAUGGGCGACUCAAGUUUCACUGCUUCAACAAGAGGGUCAUGGUCUAUGAUGAGCGUGGUAACUUUAUUGGCGACACGCACUGGACGAUGGACUACGACUUGGACGAGGGUGAAGAGUUUCAACUUGCGCGCGGAUGCGUCGUAGUACAGGUCUCCGAGUGUCUGGGACGCAAAGAACAAGACCUGUCCGCCUUGAUCGACCAACGCUACAAGGACAAGGAGGAACGCAAGGCCCAUGCUGACGCAGCCGCUGCUUCCAAACCAUACAGGCCUGCACCUACGCCACACCGACCACCGAUGCCCAUCGCCCAGCCAAUGACGAAUAUAGCGACCCCUCGUGGUAACCAGCUCGGCCGCGCCGUCCUCCCUACGUUAUCACCCUUCGAGCAGCGGAACCUCCAUGCUCAAGAGUCCGCCCAACAGGACGAGCAGGCCAGACCUGCCAAAAGAAGAAGACCAGAGGCAUCGCCCCCAAGUAAGAGCGGGCCUCAGAUAUCCGCGCCAUUGGCAGAGAACCGUUGCUACCCCGUUCGCGACCUAUGCCUAGUCUUCUGA